ACUUGAUCGGUGGGCUAGAAGGCUUUUUAGGUAAGAAAAGGUUAAGAACCUGGAUGGGUGUGGGUCUCCGUCGUAGGAAAGGACGUAUUGCCCGAACAAAUGACUGGGCAAGCAGCGCUUUAGAAAUUUGCCUUCUCCGGUCUAUGGUGCAUUUCUUGGCCUUCCUUACAACUCAAAAACCCUUCAAUCAUGGAGUUCGAGCAUAUCCAUGUCCCACUAUCGCUUCUCACAAAUAGCGGACUUCUCGUCAGAUUUUGACGGACUGUCACCUAAACCGAUUUCCCCCUUUUUAGGUAAACCGCAAACGUACAAGCGAAGAAAAUCAUUCGACAGAAAAUAGCGGCCCGUUCCUACGUAUGUAUGAACCGUAGGAGAGAGUCUAAUCUGCUGCGGCCUAAUCUGCAAAUUCCUGCGACUUUCUGCGACUCCUGCGACUCCUGUGACCCUAUUACCAACGCGGCUGAGACAUUAUGACGCCUUAGACGCUUUGGGAAUCAUGUUAACUUCGUCGUCGCCAACUAUACUAGGAGCAGCAAGCGCAUCACCGAGGACAUUCCACUAUGCAACCCCUCACUCUCCACAACAAUCGCCUAAGAUAACGGUGCCCCUGCCACGCCGCCAAUCUAGACAUUCACUAUCGCGCUCCUCGCCUUCUAACUCCUUGCGAUCUCCCUCUCUCUCCAAGCCAAAGCAAUAUGUUGGAGUUGAUGCCGCUACCCAAUACUCUCCCAUGGAACCUUUCGAUCCAAUGGUCCCCUUACGAUCUGCCCAGGUAUCGGGUCCAAGGAUAUCGAGCUCCACCGCCGCGAAAACAGCGACACCGACGACCGCACCGCCUCAGCCCAGGCCACAAUCCGUCUCACAAGAAAAUUCUUCCGAGCCUACACCCUCACCCAGCAGACAUGCGAGAAGCCAAUCUCAAACGCUCUCUCCUAAUAAGAGACGCAAGUCACAGGAUCCUAUCAGGCCCAACCCGUCUUCGUCGGUAGUGGCAUCAAGUCAACCGAGUACGCCUAAAAGGUCGAAACCCAAUGAAUGUCCCCCUAGAGCAUUACCUCUGAGAUACGAGUUGUGCGAGGUGGAGGAUAUGGUAAUUCUUAUCUCGAAUAUGCUUGGAGAGCUGAUUGAGACAAACGAUUCGAUAGCCAUGAAAAGUGGCCAUCUCACACGGUUUCAUUCUAGGACGGCACCAGCCAUCUCCGUCCUGGACUAUUUACAGCGGCUUGCGAAACAUGCCACUUUAACUCCGCCUCUUCUCCUCUCCAUGGUAUCUUAUAUCGACCGUCUAUGCGAGUACUAUCCCGAUUUCACGAUCAACACUUUGACCGUACAUCGUUUCCUGAUCACUGCGGCGACGGUAGCGGGGAAGGGUUUGUCGGAUUCAUUCUGGAAUAAUACCUUCUAUGCACGAGUAGGCGGUGUGAAGGUAGCAGAAUUGAAACUACUAGAACUCGAGUUCUUAACCCGGGUAGACUGGAGGAUAGUACCAAAUCCCGAAGUACUAGUGGCCUACUAUAAAGGGCUCGUCGCACGUUGCGCCGGAUACGUUUUAGAAGGGGAGCAAUCCUCUUCACCUGACAACGAGAACGAACCUGAAGACACCAAGGAUUUAUAGAUUAUGAUAGAAGACACGAAGGGAAGGCAGUGGAGAGGACCCCGCAGCAAAAGCAAGUAAAGGUCUUACUCGGGACAUUAGGUGCGCAUAUCGAGAAUAUUUUGAUCCAGGAGUUUUCCGGGGGCAUUGGUUGCAUUUGGCGUUAAAUGCACAGGGAUUGGGUCAACACGAUUGGUUGGUUAGAGACAUGGCGAUUCCAUUUUACGACGACAAGGAGAGCCUAGGACAUACCCAACUGGUUGUGAUGUUCAUAGUGAGAGUACGAAGUUCGAGGGGGUUACCAGGGAGUGUUUCCUCUUCAUGACGAUGCAGCUAUGAUCUAACAGCCAGAUAAUGAACCUAUAUGCUUUUCUACAUUUUAAAUCGAAACCAAUUCCAGCUCAAA